AUGGCAAGCUUCUGUGAAGACUCAACUACAGAGCGUAGAGAAAGGAAGAAGUGGACAGUCACAGACGACCUUGUGCUCAUUAGCGCCUGGUUAAACACCAGCAAGGACCCGGUGGUGGGCAAUGAGCAGAAAGCAGGGGCGUUUUGGAGCCGCAUUGCGGCUUACUUCGCAGCCAGUCCAACGGUGGAAAGAGGUGCAAAGCGUGAGGCUAUUCAAUGUAAGCAGCGAUGGCAGAAGAUGAACGAUCUAGUCUGUAAGUUUUGUGGAUCCUAUGCGGCUGCAACUAGACAGAAGACAAGUGGUCAGAAUGAGGCUGACACUGUGAAACUGGCACACGAGAUCUUCUACAACGAUCACAAGAUCAAAUUUAACCUCCACCAUGCUUGGGAGGAGCUGAGGAAUGACCAGAAAUGGUGUGAAGUUGCUAGUAGGAAGAUUGAUGGAACCAGCAAGAAGAGAAAGUUUGAUGAUGGAGCUCAAUCAGAGAGCUCUCAAGCAACGUACCUUAAAUGA